AUGGGGUUCAAGUCUUUGAUCGUCCUGGGAUUGCUCCCACAUUUGAUCUCUGUUCAGGCGGCGACAUGCGAUUGGAAGGUGAACGCCAACGGCGGGGACACUUGCGCAAGCUUUGCUGCCUCCUGGGGUUUGACGCUCGCGAAGUUCGAGGCUCUGAAUCCAGGUGUCUCCUGCCCAGGGGCGUUGGUGGCCGGCCAGUCUUACUGUGUGAUGGGCACCGUCCCUUCAGGCACGACGACCUCCACUGCUAGCUCCACGACUACUACCACUAGUUAUUCAUCGACAAUUACCUCUACUUUUGUUACCACAACGUCGAGUUCGUCUCAACACCAGCCGACUCAGACCGGCCUUGCCUCCAACUGUAACGGUUUCUAUCUGGUCUCAUCUGGCGACACUUGCGCAGCUAUCGAGUCCAAGUAUGGAAUCAGCGCGCAAGAAUUUGCCUCUUGGAACCCUGCCAUUGACUCUGGUUGCUCUAACCUCCUAUUGGGCUACUAUGUCUGUGUCAGCGUCCCCGGCGCGACGACUACGACCAGUGUCAGUACCACAACGACUUCAUCUCCAUACCAGCCAACUCAGUCCGGUCUUGCCUCCAACUGCAACAAUUUCUAUCUAGUCUCAUCAGGCGAUAAUUGCGCCGCAAUCGAGUCCAAAUUCGGUAUAAGCGCACAGCAAUUUACUACUUGGAAUCCCUCUAUUCACACUAGUAAGAAAUACCUCCAUCUGUCUAACUUUCACGGCAAAAAUACUAAGAAGAUCUACUUUAUAGCUUGCGACAAUCUGUAUCUUGGCUACUAUGUCUGCGUCGGCGUUCCAGGGGCAACAACAACAACAGCACCACCGGCGCCUACGUCUACUGCUCCAUCCCCUGAAAUGCCUAGCACUGUGAGCAACUGUAGCAAAUUUCACCUUGUCCAGUCAGGAGACGGCUGCGGAGCUAUCGAAGCGGCCAACGGCAUCACACAAGAUCAAUUUGCCUCGUGGAAUCCCUAUAUCCACUCCAACUGUGACAACUUGUGGUUGGGUUACUACGUGUGUGUCGGUGUCUAA